AGAUGGAGGUAAAGGUCUCGUGUCAGAUGUCGGUAUUGGCGGUGUGGGAAGCUCCGUCCAGGUGACGCACACAGGACUCCUCAUCCCCGGCACAGCGAGGAGCGCUGCCCACUGACACUCCGCUGUGUGGGGAUGAACAAUAGACGUACCCCGCGCUGUGCCGCCUCCGCUCCUCACCGCCGCUCCGUUCAGCACCACCAGCACCCCGGACAGCUCCAUCACUGAGCCAGCCGAGCCUCCUCCUCCCCCCUCCUCCUCCUCUACUACUACUACACACAGCGAGAGGAUCCUACCACCGACACCCGGGGACAUCAUGGGGGUCAUCACCUUCCUUGUCUGCACUGCUAUCCUCUAUAAUGUACAGGGCUUCCCCAAACCCGACACCACCCAAGACAAAGCUCUGCAUAAUAGAGAACUAAGUGUAGAAAGACCGCUAGAAGAGCAGAUUGCAGAGGCGGACACAGUGAGCAGAGGUGCAAGCACAGAAACGAAAAAUGAUUCCCUUGUGGAUGACUUGAGUUUCUUGAUGUCAGUGGCAGAAAAAGAGAAAAAUGUGAAAAGAAGCGGUGGAGUAAUAAGUACAACGAAUGGCCAGAAGGCCGCCCCUGAGGAUGGAGACACAACAAAGAGCUUGAAGCCUGUGGAGUAUUUCGACUCCACCAAAGGUGGACUGGAUUUUAAAGAUGAAGAUGAUCCUGAUGGUCUCCACCAAUUAGAUGGAACCCCGUUAACUGCUGAAGAUAUUGUUCAGAAGAUUGCAAUGAGAAUUUAUGAAGAAAAUGACCGAGGGGUAUUUGAUAAGAUUGUUUCCAAGCUCCUAAAUCUGGGUCUGAUUACAGAAAGCCAGGCAUACGCAUUAGAAGAUGAGGUGGCUGUUGUUUUACAACAGUUAAUUGCUAAUGAGGCUAAAAAUCGGGAAAAGGGAUCAGAAGAUGUGGAUUAUCCUGCUAUCAAAACAGACGCCAAUACAGAGGAGAAGCAAGAGGGCAGAAUGGAACCACAAGAGAAAGAAGUCUCAGAACAGAGCACCAAUGUUGCUGACAAUGACUGGUCCCCUGCACCUAAUAUGGAACGGAGGAAUGAAAUGCCAUUGGAAGAAAACUUUGAAGAUUUACAAUAUUUCCCAAACUUUUAUCAACUCAUAAAGAGCCUUAAUGCAGAAAAUGAUGCUAAAGAAAAGGAAACAUUAAUAACCAUAAUGAAAACUCUUAUUGACUUUGUGAAAAUGAUGGUAAAAUAUGGAACAAUUACACCAGAAGAAGGAGUCAAUUAUUUAGAAAAUCUAGAUACCAUGAUAGCUGUACAGACAAAGAACAAGCUUGGAAAGAAUUCUACAUAUCAGAAAAACGGGCUCUUAUCAGCUGACAAAACAGAUGAAGAGACUGAUAGUACCAAAGAAGCUGCAGCUAACAUGGAAAAGGAGUUUGAGAAAUUCAAGGAUUCCACAAAACUCGAGGAGCCUAAAGAAACUACAGAUGUUCCGACACUCAAAGGGAAAGGAGAAGCAUAUUUAGAAGCAAUCAGAAAGAAUAUUGAGUGGCUGAAAAAACACAAGCAAGGAGGCAAAGAAGAUUAUGAUCUUUCCAAACUGAGAGACUUCAUUGAUCAGCAAGCAGAUUCGUACGUAGAAAAGGGAAUCCUCGAUCAAGAAGAAGCUAAUGUAAUAAAGCGUAUCUAUAGCAGCUUGUGAAGAAGAAACAAAGCACUUUUCUGCUGUGGGGAAUAAGCUUUAGAUUUAGAAGCAAAUACCAUAAAUUUCACUCUUUUCCAAAGUUUACUGCAAAAUAUUCACUGGGUUAUUGACUAAAGGUGUAUUUUUUCACCAGUCCAGUGUCAGAAUUUCUGGAAUUAUUUUGCUGUAUUUGUUUACGUUAGCUUGGUUUUGUCCAACCUAUGAUAGACUGGAGGUAAAUACUCUACAGUCUGCAAAAAACGUACACCUUUUAAGUGCACCUGCCAUCUACACAAAAUGGUGGACAAAUGUAUAAGAAACAUGAACCUCAUGAAGAUUUUGUCACUAAAGCUGUUUUCUGUGUUACCAAGUUAUCAAAUACCCAUUUUCUUCUUGAACAUUUGAUAGUUAAAAUAUAAAGUGGCAAUUCCUUACAGUUUCCAAUUUUCAUGCCAUUUAAUGGGACCUCUCAAUAGCUUUCUGAGAGUUCAGUCAACUGUCAUGUCACUGAGAUUAUGCACCUAUGGCAAAAUCUUUCACAGAGCUCUAAUGAAUCGAUAUACUGCCCUGUGAUUGGGUUGAAUAGCUUUACAAUAUAUCAGGUCUGCACACAGGGGGGUUGCAUACGUAGAACUAACUAGACUUAGAGGAUCAGUGCUAUAACUACAUAUUACAACACAUAUGUCCAUGAGGUGUAAUUCAUCUAAAUUAUGUGGUACAUUUAACUUAUUUGUAAUUUUUGAAAGCAACUAGGUUGAAAUGGUAAGCCCUGUAUGUGCCCCAAUGCUUUCACAACAUAUCUUCAAGCCACCACCAAAUGGUUUCCAGUUUUUCGACUCUGUAGGUGACAGGUGCUCUUUAACAUAUCACUGGUUAAAUCUUCUUACAUGUGUCUAGUCUGUAAUCUCAGCCCUUUGAUGGAUCAGGACUCCUAUUUUAUAAGUGAUGUGAGACCCUCGAUAACCUCCCUGCUUGUGUUUUCGGCACCUUUAUGGUGGAUUUUCUUCAAAGCCUACAAAGAUAAGGCUUCCUGCAGUUUCAUAGGGUUUACAGGACCAAUCUUCUGCGCUUCGCUUAAUCCUCUCAUUUUAGUUCAACCUGAAUAUUACAGAUACUGAAAAAGAACAGGAACACAACAAGUUUGAACAUUUCCAUUCAUUCCAAACGAUGGAGAAUGAAAAAGCCAGAAUUGAGGGAUGCCUUAUUUUAUAUUGUCCAGAUGUAUGUUCCCUGUAGAAGAUAUGCUAAAGCUGUGUAUCCAAGAUAAGAUUGUGUCCUGAGAUGAACAGAUUAUCACAGGCUGUGGCCAUGUUUACCCUGUCAAUACCCUGGGAUUUCUGUGCUAAGGCAAACCUUUUAUGACAGUAAAUACUGAGAUCUAGAAUGGAAAUCCGUCUACGCAUAGGUUGGUGGUUGGGUCGUAAUACAGGGACUGCACACAUCGUAUACACUGCCAAAUACAAGGUCAUAUAAAACAUUGUCAGUGUCCAUGGCCUGUGAAUGCACACAAAAUAAUUCUGAUUGUGAUUGCUGGAAAUAAAAUUCGGCUCUGACAUCAUUCAAA